CAUUCUUUAUUUUGAUACAGUAUCAGAAAUACUGGUAAGUGUUAACUAUUUUCCGCAUAUUUCCCUAAGGCAUCGCCCCACGAUGGCUCAGCGGUAAGCCUGAGGGCUUAUAACACUAAAAACCAGGUUUCGAUACACGCAAUGGGCAGAACACAGAUAACCCAUUAUGUACCUUUGCGCUUAACAACAAACAAACAAACCCUAAGGUACUGGUUUUGUUACACAACCACGUCAUAGUACUACACCCCUUCUUAUUGGUAACUCUUCUGAAAAACCGGAAAAUCAUUAUCAGAAUGCUAUAAGAUUUUCUCUGACCACCCUUUUUUCGUAAAAAAACUCUCCAGGAUUAUAUAUCAUAAGAGUCCUUACGAGUUCCAUGUUAGUCCCAUGAAUGUGGUCGUCAUAACAUCCACGUGUCACCUAAAGCUGACUCACAUUAGGCAUAGGAGCUGUCGUGGAAAAAAGAAAGAAUGUGGACCCAGAGCAAAUAUUCACCAAACAGGAGAAGAUUGGAAAGGGUAACUUUGGGGAAGUCUUUAAAGGAGUUGAAAACAACACCCAGAAGGUGGUAGCCAUCAAAAUUAUUGAUCUAGAAGAGGCGGAAGAUGAGAUUGAAGACAUUCAACAGGAGAUUAUGGUGCUAUCCCAAUGCGAUAGUCCCUUCGUUACGAAAUAUUACGGUUCCUAUCUCAAGGGUUUCAAGUUAUGGAUUGUUAUGGAGUAUCUAGGAGGGGGCUCGGCACUGGAUCUGUUAAAGGCUGGAAAGAUUGAAGAAUGUUACAUUGCCAUCAUCUUGCGAGAAGUCUUGAAAGGCUUAGACUACCUGCAUUCGGAGCGUAUACUUCAUAGAGAUAUCAAGGCGGCCAAUAUCUUGCUGUCUGAAAGAGGAGAUGUAAAAUUAGCAGACUUUGGCGUAGCAGGUCAGCUGACUAACACAGUCAAACGAACCACAUUUGUUGGAACUCCGUUUUGGAUGGCUCCAGAAGUUAUCAAGCAAUCUGCUUAUGACAGCAAGGCCGACAUCUGGAGUCUUGGUAUUACAGCCUUUGAACUAGCAAAAGGAGACCCCCCAAAUUCUGAGCUCCACCCCAUGAAAGUACUCUUUCUGAUACCCAAAAACAAUCCGCCCCAACUCACAGGAGAUUACAGCAAACAAUUUAAGGAUUUUGUGGAGUCGUGUCUGAACAAAGAUCCUGAAAAUCGACCUACUGCGAAGGAACUUUUACGAUUUCCAUUCAUUCGGAAGUCCGGCAAAAAUCCUUCUUUAGUAGAACUUAUUGAACGACACAGAAGGUGGAAAAUGUUUGGCGGAAGACACAACGACAGUGAUUCAGAGACGUCAGAUUCUGAUGAUUCGCGAAGUACUGACACCUGGAAAAGUUGGAGGUGGGAUCUCGAAACAGUAAAACGAUCAGAAGCUGGCGUUUCUUCUAUACAGGUGGCAGCACCAACUAGAGAUAAUCAGAAUGAAAAUGUGACAAGUAGUGUCAGUUUAGCCGUUCCUGAUCCUACAGCUAAAGAAAUGAAUUUUCAGUCUCAACUAGUUCAGGAUUUGCCACAACCUUCAAGCAACCUACAGGUCGUACAAGAAGACGUCAAAGACUGUAACUUACCUUCAAAUGAUGUUAUCGAAAAUGUAACAAAGCCGAAGGACAAAGAUUCUAGUAACCACAAGGUGGAAACUCGAGGAGAAAACGAAAAUACUGGAGUAAUAAGUGAUGUAGAAGAACCAUCAACAAACUCUGUCAGCGAGAAGGAAAUUCAAAAAGGAGGAAUUAUGAAAGAUGUAGAUAAUGAUGAUAAAGAUUUGUCAUCAAUACAUCCAUUGGAUACAUCAGAAUCGCCUAGCGCAUCGUGUCUGUCAACAGCGAUCCACCCACUGUUAAACGAGAUACAGCAGAACUUCAACGAGAUACAGUCUGCUGCUUUAGAAGAACUCCAUGUUGUAUUUGACUUAUCUGAAAAAUCGUGUCCAGGAAUUACUGAUGUUUUCGUCACUGAAGUGUUUGAGCAGCUGCUGCCAUCUAUUACUUCCCAGGAACUAGUGGAGGCUGUAGGCAAACUGAAAAGACCAUGUUGCUGAUCGUGCUGCAGAAUAUCGGUAUAAACUUCUUGUGUAACUGUGGUCAAUGUGAAGCGAGUUGAAAUGGACAGAAAAUUCGAACGUAGAUACAACAGUGCUAAGUUCUAGGCACGGACUUUGGUUGUGGAUAGUAUAUUCUGCUGUGUACAAGGUAUAACCGAUAUUGUUAUGUAGGCGACACAGAAUAUAUGAGUUAUAUUGCGAACCGACGUCAUACACCCAGGAAUUGGUAAAUGUGGACAAGAGGUGACAAAAACGGACUGAUGUUGUGUUGUGAACAAUUACAGUUUAACACGCUUACCAGUGUUACCCUGUGAACAAGUUCCAAGAACGAACUAGUGUUGAGAAAUGGAUAACAGUUUGUAAGGUAUCGGUACGAUUUUCUAUAUGGCAGAUAAGUGAGAAUUAUCGUAUUGAACAACGGUUUUCAGCGAGAUGUUCCUCCAGGAACCACAAUAUCCAAACUGUUUAAAAACACAACUUUCGAAUUAGCAGAUAUUACGAUAACCACACUCCUAAUGAAUUAAAGAAACUAUGUAUAAAGUGUUAAUUAAUUAAUGGAGCGGCUGUCACUGAAUUAAAAAAAAAACGCAUGUCCUUAUCGUGAGUAAACAAGACAAAAACAGUCAUACUGGGAGGAAAACAAUUAUUAUGGAAGAACCAACGUUCAUCAGGUAUAUAUGUAUAUAAAUGUUAUGAAAUAACCAGUCUUUUACAUAAACAAGUGUUUAAAAAACUGUUAAUUUUCGUAAAAUUAAUAAUUGUUUUAAAAUAAAAUUUUGUUGUAACGAAUUAGUGUCACAGAAAAAAAUUAUGUAUUAAUCCAGACCUUUACAGUAGUCUCUUUGUAUCUUGCACAUUGAUUAUAAACACUAUUUUACAACUGGAUUCAACAGGUGAGGACGAAGGUAUGCCACAUGAUUUGAGUUGGUGUUAUAAAAAAUACUUAGUAAUCCAGACAUUUGCUGUGAGUCUCUUUGUAGUUUGCACAUUGAUUAUAAACACAAUUUUACAAAUGGAUUUAGUAUGUCAAAACUAGGGGGUGCGUAUCUCAUCAUAAUAGUCAAUACGAUACGUAUCUAGAUAUUGGUGCGAUAUCAUCGUAUCUAGACACAAGUUUUAC